AUGCAAGGACGGCAAAAAUUAGACCCUCGUGCUUCUAAGUGCAUCUUCCUUGGUUACAAACAAGAUAUCAAAGGUUUUAUUGUCAUCAAUAUAGCCACACAUGAGAUUUCCAUAAACCGCAAUGUCUCUUUUUAUGAACAUGUCUUUCCUUUUGCCUCUGCUUCCAACAUUAAAUCUCCUAAACAAUCCAAAAUCCUUGACUACAACCUUCUCUUUUUGGACACACCUGAUGAACACCUACAUCAAUCUACACCAUCCAAACCCACCUACAUCAAUCUACACCAUCCAAACCCGACACUUCCUCAUCACAUACACCUAUAA